GAAGGAGCCUCGGUGCACGGAUGCAGGGGCCGACAGUCGGGUAGUAAACAGACACAAUGUCCGACAGAAAAGCCCCAAAGAUGCCGGGUGACGCGGAGAACCUGCGGAGGAGAUCCGCGGCUGAUUCCUCAGAGAACUGCGCAGAUCCUGAAAGUCAUCGUCAGCUUCCGCGGCGACAGUCGCAAACUGACAGACUCUGCGCCGGCUCCCAGCAUCCAGAGCUAGGAACUGUGGCGACGCCUUCCCCAGGCGCUUCUGCGCCGCACUUCUGCCACUACACACCGAAGUGUUUCCUCGCUGUCCACAGAGCAGGGCAAGGCAACUCAGGCCGGACGACUCCAUCACAGUAUGGAGAGGAGGGUUGGCAUGAGGCCACCACGAAGACCACGAUCAGAGCUGAGAACGAGGUGGAGGCACACAGGGAAGCCAACAACUACAAGUUUGGCUUCAGAAAAUGGAAGGGCAAUGUAACGGAGAAGCCCAUCGAAGAAAGAUCAGACAUCACCAAAGAGCUGUACGCUGAUCUUAGUCUUGUUAAGCCUCACAAAGGCUCAUUGGUGACCUUUGGGAACGUAAUUUAUCUGUUUUUAUUUGGAUGGUGGAUAUCUUUAAUCUACUUCCUCAUUUGCCCUAUAAUGUUUUUAACAAUCUUCGGAGCACCCUAUGGCAAACUUUGCUUCAAGUUGGCGUGGUACUUUAUUUGGCCAUUCGGAAAGUCCAUAGAAAAGGUCAGUGAUCGAGUGAUGAGUCCCAUCGUAAAGCCUCCGAAGUCUGAGGUCACUUCUGAAGAGAGGGAGACUGAAGACGACAGGGACCCCGUCAUGAACAAGGACUCCUCGCCCCUUCUGGUGUCUUCCCCAAUCUCUUGUGCCAUCCCCGUCCCAGAACCGGCUGCUAGGAAAACCUCUAGGCAUUGGUGUCGUGUCAGUACUUAUGUGUGGUUGAUCCUGGGUUACCCGGUUCUGGCUGUGGUCCACUCUCUUGCCUGCAUUCUCUCCUGGCUGCUGAUCUUCACCAUCCCUGUGGCCAAGAUGAACGCCCACACACUGGCCACUGUCCUCCUCAUGGCGCCGGAGGACGUCCAGAUCCGCAGGCUGGAAAAGACGAUCGGAUGUGAGAUCAGAGUCAUCUUAUGCUGUUAUCAAGCAUCUAAUGUUUAUUACUGCAAAUACAGUGUCCAAGGAAUCAACAUCUUCGCUCUCAACCUGCUUCCCCUGGUAUUGAUCACUCUGAUUAUUGGCUAUAGUGACCAUAAGAACACUUACUUCAGCGCUGAGACUAAGUUUGCCACAUCCAUCAUCUCUAUCAUUCCUCUAUCCUACUUUAUUGGCAUGGGAAUAGCCAGCAUUUCUGCACAGAGUAACUUUGCAGUGGGAGCGGUGGUGAAUGCGACUUUUGGCUCCAUCACAGAGAUGACAUUCUACAUCACAGCACUGCUGCAGGGAUACCAGGCUGCCAACAAAUGUUACGAAGAGGUGGUCAAAGCAGCACUCACCGGAACCAUACUUGGAUGUAUAUUGUUCAUACCUGGUAUCUGCAUGAUCAUUGGGGGCAUUAAACACAGGGAGCAGAGAUUUAACAGUCGUUCAGCUGGUGUGAGCUCUGCUUUGCUCUUUAUAUCUAUAGGAGGUGUGUUUGCUCCCACGCUUUUCUCUAAGACAUUCGGUAAUCUGGUGUGUGACACCUGCACCAACGUCCCAAGCAAUUCCAGUGUACCCUUCACCUGCAAGGACUGUCACUACGACACGAGUCAAACUGACCCACAUUUGAUUCUCUCCCAUAUUGAGCCUCUGGUGUACACAAUUUCUGUGCUGCUGCCUGCUGCAUACCUGAUUGGCCUCAUCUUCACACUGAAGACGCACUCCCACAUCUACGAUAUUCAUAUCAGUGAUGGCCAUGGGGGCCAUGCACAUGGUCAGUAUACACAAGGGGAUGCCACCACCUGCCACACCCUGGGUGAUGUCACUGCUGGACAUCUACAUGCUGUCAACUCAUGUAUUAACGACACCAUUAUUUCAACCAACCAGGUCACGACAGGAGUUCAUCACGUAGUCCACUGGUCCCGGUGUAAGGCUCUUGGAGUGCUGAUUGUUGCCACGGCGCUGAUGGCCUGUUGCGCUGACCUCAGCACCGAGAACAUUGAGCCCAUUUUGAGCCAUUCCUCCGUCUCCCAGUACUUCAUUGGUGUCACAGUGUUGGCCAUGGUACCAGAACUCCCUGAGAUCGUCAAUGGGAUCCAGUUUGCACUGCAGAACAACAUCAGCCUGAGCCUUGAAGUUGGCACUUGCAUUGCAAUCCAAGUCUGCAUGAUUCAGAUUCCAUUACUUGUCCUCUUCAAUGCAUUCUAUGAUGUUGGAUUUGUGCUCGUGUUCAGUGAUAUCCAUCUCUGGGCCAGCAUCUUCAGUGUCAUUCUGGUCAACUACAUCUUCAUGGAUGGAAAGUGUGACUACUUCCAGGGCACUGCUCUAGUGGUGGUUUACCUCAUCCUUUUGGCUCUUUACUUCUUUGCUCCUUCUCCACGAUCUUGUUGAUCUGCUUUUUCAAGAAAAAAAUGCCGAAGCCUCAAGUUUUUUUGUGAAUGUAUAUUAAUAGGUGGGUUUUUUUUGUGCCAUUUUUGUUCCUUAAUCAUUGUACUAUGUGGUUUAUAUGGGAAAUAAUAAAUGUAUUUGUUUAUGAAUGA